AUGCGUUAUCUGAGUGGAUGGUUCCGAUCUACCGUGCCUCAGAGGGAAGUAAUGAAGUUGGUGGUGCGACCGAUAGUGGAAUAUUUUCGAUUUGAAAGAUUGAUUGCUGGUGGAGGUGGCGAAGGUAGUGGAAGUCGGAUUGCGAACAGUUUCUUAUCGGGCAUUUUGCCGGAGACUGGUUUGAGCGUGGCGAGGCCGAUAAUAUUUCAGGGACGCGAGAUUACAUCUGGUUUGGAAGUGUGCAUAAAAGUUAUACACAAGAGCACUCUGCCAACGUCUACAGGUGGUGAGAGGUUGUGGGGUGAACUUUGCGCGAGGAUAUUGCAUCUUCAUUUCCAUCCCAAUUUCCUCAUGACCUACGGUAUUCUCGAAGAUGCCGAACGUUAUUACCUUGUCACCGAAGUGCUAAAGGGGGGUGAACUCUUCAACUUCCUAUUGCAAGAGGUCAGCGUCCCCGAGGAGCUGUGCAAGCAUAUCAUCCGGCAGAUUCUGCUCUCAUUGGAAUUCCUUCACAGCCAUAAUUUUGUCCACAGAGACGUGAAGCCUGAGAACUUGAUGUUUCGGCGGAGCAUAAAGGGCGAGAAAGUCGUGUUCCCGUGCACCAAGGAAGACCCGGGCCCCAUAAUGAUGGAGUCACUCAGUCGAUACUUGGAGAAUUACGAACUGGUGUUGAUAGACUUUGACACAGUACGCAUGCUGGACAUUCCUAGCCACGAAUACAGCGACUGGCAGGGCAGCAAGCGUCGGCUGGUUGGGACGUUCAAUUACAUGGCGCCUGAGUUACUCCGUGGCGCGGACUACUCCCCGGCGAGCGACCUGUGGGCAGUUGGGGUCAUUUUGUUCAUCCUGAUGACUGGAGUGCCCCCGGUACCGAUGAAUGAAAUGAGGUCGGCCUCAUCCACUUUGGAGACGCUCAAGAAGGUGCAGCAGAAGGGUAUCAACUUCGACGCCUACCCUCUCACGUACUUUCCCCAGGCCCGGAGUCUGUGCAUCCAGCUGCUCCAGUUCCAACCGGAGUAUCGCCUGUCCAGCGCCACCACGGCACUCCAACACCCCUGGCUGCACAGCUCCAACUCGCUCUCCGCCAAAUACUUCGUCUCCUCCAAAAUACAGGCCUCUGUCUUCGCCAACGUGCAUCCCAAUCUGCUGACUCUUCCCAAAGUACCCAGCAACUCAAUUCUCACCACCCCGCAGCCACCCAGGCUGUACACACCCACGAUGAAAACACGGACCAGUAGCGCCGCCCGGGCCACCACCGCCUCAGACCUCGACGUCUCUUGA